AUGACGCGUCAACUUCGUUCGCGAGCGUCGCGUCCCAACUACGCUGCUCUUCUGGGCAUUGGCGAAGACGAAAACGGUGCCGGACCAUCGGGCGCCACACAUGAAUUGGACGACGAUAGUAGCGGCAGCGACUUUGCGCUCGAGGCGGGUGCAGAGGAAGCAGUCGAAGAAGACGUAGACGAUAUGGCCAUCGAUGAUGUUGAGGCUGAACCCGAAGACGACGUCCCAGCACGCAAGCGGAAGCGGCCUGCUCCAUCCACUAGGGAGCCCUCGGUACUCGACUAUGGGUCUGCAAGAGUGACAUCGAGGGCCAAGAAGACGCCAGCCAAAGCGACCCCUCGGCGCUCUGUCGCAUUCAUCCCGGGGCUCGCCCUUUCAUCCAAUAGACAGACCCCGGGCUUACCUAGCCUCCACCACCGUCACCGCUCGACCGGUGUCUACCUAAAGGAGGGGAAGAUCGAACGGCUUGCGGAGGCUCCGGCACUAUUUCUGCCUGAGACAACCACCCCGACGAACGCCUGGUCUGCCAACGACGCGGUCAGCAAUAGAGUCAACAAAUCUUGGGGCUACAACAUUGGACCGGGGCCUCUUUGGGAGCUCGCUGAAGACCGCGGCUGGUAUAAAGAGGCAGGGACAACGUCUGGAACUUCCGAGAGGGAGCUUCGCCCACGCGUCCACGAAUACGUUGAUUUGCGACCGUAUGAGCUUAUUAGCCCUGAGGACGCGACACCUUAUCUACCUACAGACGUCGGAACUACAGAUGAAGGAGCCCUCAAGCCUCCACCUCCCGUAGCAUGCUCCUUUGGCCCCUAUGGGAAGCAAACUCGUCGCGAGGUCAAGAUGUUCGACACGCUCAAGAUGUCGGAAUUCUUCCCCGGCAGUAAAUCGCACGUUUUCAACGCAGGUGCGCCAGUGUGGGGUCUCGACUGGUGCCCGAUCCACCCCGACGAUAGAGCCCAUCAUCAGUUUCGGCAGUACCUCGCUGUCGCUCCGUUCCCUUCGAAAGCACACUCACUGGUUGGCUCGCGUGUGAAGCGACCAAGUCCCGCAUGUAUCCAAAUCUGGAGCUUGGGACCGACCACAUCCCAGGGUGAUAACAUGCAGGUCGACGAAGACACCACAGCGUACCCCAACGAUGCUGGGGAGAUGCGAUGCGAGAUGGUGCUCGCCAUCGAGAGUGGACCUGCGUUCGAGCUCAAGUGGUGUCCAUUGCCGUCAAAUGAUCGCAUUAAGGACACGGCAGAAGCUCAUGCUCCGCGGAAGCUCGGGAUUCUCGGAGGCACCUUCGAGGACGGAUCUCUUGCAUUUUACGCCAUUCCGGAUCCCAGUACCAUCGAGUAUACCGCUGAUCGUCCGCCGAACCAGCCUCAUCUCAUCAAGCUAUCAAAACCACUGUUGCGCAUUGAGUUGCCGGAGACAUCGUGCUGGUGUUUCGACUGGGCGAACAGUGAAGUCGUUGCGGUUGGGUGUACCAACGGGUCAAUCGCUGUGUAUAACGUCGACAAAGCUUUCUUCGGGGAACCUUUUGCGGCUGACAAGCGUAAGUCACCCUUGUUUCUGACGAACAGGUCGCUCACGUCAAAUGCAGCACUGUUACCUACACAUUACAUCACGGUGCACCAAUCCGCCAUCCGCAGCGUCUCCUGGGUCCGUGCCCCGGUGGUCUCCGCGUCCGGCGAGGUCACCGAAGACGACCCGACCGUGAUCGCGAGCGGGGGCUACGACGGCGUAGAAUGCAUAACGGACAUCCGCGAGUUACACGGGAACGUCAUCAACCGCACGCGGGACGUCGUGACCGCGAUGGAGUUCUCGACCUAUACCGGCAGCACCGUCACUGUCGACCACGAGAACAUGAUCAAGGCGUACUCGGUCGCCCCGAGCACGCUGGGAAGAGGCCACACGGUUCUGGAACCCAAUGGACCUAUAUGGAGCCUCUCCGCAUCGGACUACCACCCUCAGCUGGCAAUCGGCGUCAGUGAUGGUUCGUGCCUGACCACGAACACUAUGAGGAGCACAAGGAGAGGAGGGCUUGUGCCCUUCCUCGAGCACAAAAUCUACCAGCUCGAUUACAGCCGGUCGGUCGGCGAGUAUCGAAUGCUGGAGAACUUCCUCCCCCAAGAGACUCAGAAUCGCCCAGCCGCCUCACGUCAAAACAAAUCGGUACCUGUGGGCACUGGAGCGUGGCCGCCCGAGGUAGGCAUCCACCGCGUCGCCUGGAACGACGGAAAUGGCCUUGCACGCACGCCCCUGCUCGCGUCCGCUACGGGCUCUGGGCUCUGUCGCGUGGACUGGCUCAUGGGGAAAUGGAUGCGCGACCAGCUGCCGUACACAGGGAUCGAGGGUAUGCGGGGCGAGAUGGGUGGCGUGUUUGAAGAGGACGACGAGUCGGAUUGAUGGGGUUUCUUCGGGGGUGCUUUGUGCUUGGGUGCGUUGAGGCGUGGACAGUGAGCCGCCGAGUGGGAUACGUGUUCCCCACGUCAAUACGCAGUGUACAUACCGUGGUGGCGCUUGACUCUCAUGAACAUCCGCAAUUUGACGGAUGCAA